AUGUCCCCUCAAGGAAAUGGAGAAGAAGUCAAGGACAAGACUUUUGGCACUUGGGGCUACUUGGCUGCUUCAUCUUCGUUGACCACAGGUUCUCAUCCCCAGCUUUCCUCUAACAAUCGUGAUUCCGAUCAUCAAAGGCCCUUUAUUUCUCAGCUGCUGGUAGAAUUGACAGAGGGAAAGAUGGCUAAUGAUGAAGUUGUUAGUCUGUUGGUGAUGGUGGACAAAUUAAUUUUUAUCCUGCACAAAAUACUGAAUAUAAAGAUAUUGCAAGCCAAGUUAUUUAUUGAAAAAGUUGGUGAGGUCAUCAGAGUAUUGGAAAUGGAAGGACCCCCAACUUUGCCGGACCAAUUACUAGAAGAUGUUGCACCUCUUGCGCUGCCUAUAAGAGAUUUUGUUCGGAGAACUGGGCUACUAGAUUUACCGUCAAUUGGUGAGUAUGCAAUGAACUUUCAUGACGGCUGGGGAAGAAAAUUACCAAAAGAAGUGCGAGAAUUGGUGGAACAGAUGGGUUUAAAUGAGAAUAAGCUGGAGAAAUUUCUUGGUGAAUCUGACUUCUACAACUACUGGGAAGAUUUACGCCACAAUGUAGCCUUACUACCUUGUCGUGAGGCGGUGAGGGAUCUGCUUCAGUCUUGUCGAGAACUCAAAGACGCUAUGAACUUUUUCCGUGAAGUGGGUACUGAGUCAGCUUUUCUCAGCCAACAUCUAAAGUUCUUGCUGAGCUUUGCUGAGCUGUGCGAGCGUUCUAAUGAAUGGCAUUGUCGCCAAUUUGUGAAAGGUAUCAUGGAUGUUGCUAACGAAGCUCUUGAUGCGCUGGAAUGUGCAGAAAAAUAUGGUCUUGGGUCAGCAAUGUCGAAAUUUGAAGGAUGUGAGCUAUGGAGUUUUGAAUCAUAUGAAUUUGCUUCAGCUGAAAAGGAAUACUGUAUCGAGAAGACGGCCAAGAAAUUUCUUGAUGGGAAAAAUGGCAAGCGAUUAGUUUUGUUGGAGACUUUAGGAAUGCUCCAUUCCUUCACAGAAGAGAUCGAUAUGACUCGUGGGAAACUUGGCAGGGAAGAUCCUCAAUCGCAUAACGCUUCAUUUGGAAGAAAUGGUUUUCCUUCACUGUCUAUGAUUUGCGAAAAAUUUGCUAGAGGAGAUCUUCCUUCACUGCCUAUCACAUAUUAUCUACGUGCUUUUCCUUUAAUUGAACGAAGAAGAAGAAGAAGAGUUAAUAGUUUUCUAAAGAAUGCAGAUACAUAGAUGGCAAUGCAUUGCAGAACAUGAUCAGCUGCACAGCUUUGUACUGUCCAAGAGAUUAAUCUUCCCCGAUUUUCAUUUGUUGAAGCCUUGCAGGGUAUUUAAUUUACCAGCACAUACCUAUGCAGGUUACUUUAUUAUACAUUUUCCAGUAAAAGAUAGCGGUGUGCGUUUAGAACAAGUACAAAUGUUAAUUAAACCUUUAUGUACUGUCCUGAUUCCU